CUAAACCGUUACACACGGCUAAAGAGCGAGUCCUAAUAAGCGACGCCGCCUUUUUUGGAUCUGGAGGUGGAGAAGAAGGAUUCCGGCAACAAGUGUCAUAAAUUUACGGCGUGCUCUUAAGCUACUAACUGCUGGUCAAGUUUCGCUUCUGCUGUGAAGGCGAUUGUCCUGAUUGGGUAUUAGCUGAAAUCAUUUCCACUCUCUCCAAUCUGAGUAUCGACAACUUAGAGCAGUUGGCGCAACUGGUGGCCAAACGCAUUACUGGCGAACCAUUCGAGGAGAGUGCUAUUCGGACACUCACAUCGGGUGUAACAGACGAUGGAAAAACUGCUGUCGCCUGUGUGCAUUAUAUGCUCACCAAUGCGGCUCGCUACGGCUGCUCCGAGAAGAUCUUCAAUGUGGAAAUACAACAGCUCGGCUUGCCCAAGGAUCAUGCGGCAGCCAUGUGUCGUGUUCUGCACACACAUGCCGAUGCCAUACGACAGAAAUUAAUAGAUAAAGCGUUUAGAAUUAAUGAACUGCAGAGCGUUCGAAAUGUUACCUCGCUGGGGGAGACACCCCAAAAUUGUGCCACCUUGGAACUGAAAAUCUCGCAAGAAUUGGUCGAUGGACUACCCAAAGAUACCACGCAUACUGUAAAUAUUGAAUGUGCGCAGUUGGGAGCUCUGCUCGACGAAAUGAAAUUGGCCCGUGAUAUAAUGCUUAAAUACGAAAAUAAAGAAAGUACGUAGA